UCCCUAAAAACAGCGUUCUUUUCAUUUUAAUUUUUUUCUUAAAGCGAGUGGAUUCUUGUUGUGGUAAUUAUUUUUGUACGGAAGAGCGAUAUGAGCUCGGAAGACGACACUUCCGGACCAUCAAAACCGCGCACCAUGACGCGAUCUCCACGCAGCUCCAGCAGCGAUUCAAAAUCACAGCCCUCGUCGCCUCCGACGACCAGCAAGGGAAUCGGUUCCAGAUCCACAUCCGGAGCCACUAAGAUCGGCGGAUUAAGUCCCGGCGUAGGACUUUCGGAAAAUGCCAGUUUCAAGGCCAUGGAGACAUCUGCCAGUGAGCUGGAUGACUCGACGAACUCUUCAUGGCCGCACAUAAAUGGCCACAGCCACGAUGACUCCAAUAAUUCCGAUCAGCCAACCGCAGCGGACACAAAUGGCGAUCCUGGUAAGUCGAAAAAGAAGAUAAAGAAACGUCGGUGCAGCAUGUCUGAUGAUGAGGCUCUACUGGGGUGGACAGGCAGCAUCCCGAGUAUGACACGCAUGGUUAUCGAGGAUAAUAGCUCCGAUGAGGAUCCCAGCGAUGAGGCGCUGAGAAGAGCACUCAAGACUGGUCUGCGGAUUUAUCCCAGAGAGGUGCCGCGCGAGGAGACAGCGGCUGGUGGUUCCACAGAGUCGACGGCCAAGGAGCAACAUGAGCGGCAAGCGCAGCAGCAGCAACAAGAGCAGCAGCAGCAGCCAUCGCUAGCAUCGCCUCCAACGCCGAUGAUGACAUCGCCGGUAGAGUCGUCCUCUCUGUCCUCCAACUCGAACUUGACCACCACAUCGACGCCACCUGGACAGCAACGAGAACGCGAACCCGAACCCGAACCCGAACCGGGACAGCCAAACACUUUAGUAGCAACUGGUACAACUAGUACAAAUCGAACUACAACAACAACAAAUACGACAGCUUGCAACAGCGACAACAAGAACAACUCCAACGCUAGUCCAACAACAACAACAACAACAACAACCACAGCCAAAGCAUCGAGCAUGCAACAAACAGAACUAGACAACCAGAAGAAGCAGUCGAUGAAGUCACAGGACCAGCAGGAGCAGAAGGAGAAGUCUUUAAACACUCCGGAGCAGCAGCAAGAGCAGUCGUCGCAGACAAAGGAGCAGCAGCAGGAGCAGCCAGCGAAGACCAAGGAGAAGCAGCUAAAGCAGCCGUCAGAGGAUGACGAUCGAACUGAGCCGCUUGCAAUGGACGAGGAUGAUGGUAAAUCAAAAACCGAGAAGUUAUCUUCGUCGCCGCCAUCGUUUUCCGGUUCCCGAAAGCGCUUACUAAGUCCCACUGGAAAACAAGCCGACGAUAAAGUUGAAGAGAAAAAGAAUAGAGAGGAGAACAAAAUCCCCGAGGAUAAUGACCAGAUAAAUAGCCAUAUGUUGACAUCACCGCCGCCGUGGGUUUCGCUCUCUCGUGCACGUAAACGCGCAUUACUUCCUGUUAGAAAACCGAUCAACCAGGCGGUGGAGGAGAAUACGAAGAAGGAUAAGGAGGAGGAUGUUGACAAAACGGCUGAGAAUGCUAACCAAACGGUGUCCAUUCGCUUCUCACAGCGUGCCAAAUCGCUUGGUAACUCCCUUUCUGAACCGCAGUUGCCGCUGCGCACUUCGCGCUCCAGCAGCCAUGGUCACCUGACCGAGGAUCAGACUAAAUUGGAGAAGGAGGAGAUUGAACCCAAGGAGAUGAUAAAGCGCAAAGCGGAGAAAAAGCUAAGGGAGUCAGAGGAGAACUUGGCGCCAGAGGAAAAGAAGUCCAAGCCAGAGGAGGAGCAAACCAAGAGCAAGAGCAAGGAGGAACUUGUAACCACCAGCAGCAGCAGCAGCAACGAUAAGCCAGAACCAGAUGUUGUCACCACAGCUGAGGCCAUGCCACCACAACCCGAACCACAGGCCUCGACAUCAGCGCUAAAGUUAAAGGCCACCGACGAGUUCUAUCGUCUGCCCUUUGCUUACGGCUGGAAGCGUGAGCUCGUCCUGCCCAGCAACGGGAAUCCCAAGCGUCGCACCGGCGAUGUCUUCUUUAUUGCGCCCAACGGACGCAAGCUGCGCUCACGCGAGGAUAUUGUGCCCCUGCUGAAGGGCGACCUGACCAUCGAGCACUUCUGUUUCCAGCGGCUGGCGCAGGAGGCGGGACCGGAGUUCGAGUUGGUGCGUCGAGCUGUGCCCGGCAAUGUGUCGCAUCGCAAGUCGCUGCAGCUGCAUCAGGACAAGUUGGCCACGCAGCUGGUCACCGGGAAGCGGGUGUCCAAACCGAAGGUGCCCAAGGGAGCGAGUCCGCCGAGCGAGGGAUGGACCUCCACCAUGGCGGUCAAGGGAAACGCUCGUGAGAUGGCCUCCGCCAGCAACGGCAGCAGCAGCAGCUCGAAUGCCAAUCCAUCGGGAGAUUACAGUUUGACUCCCAAGCGCAGCUUUGCGAAUAGACCUUCGGCGCGUAUGAUCCAUGAGACCUGUUUUUCUUGCCAGGUCACUGUGCAGUUGCCCAAAACCCAGCGGAGCUCCAAGGGCAAAAUGUGUCAGAACUGCCUGAUGAAGGGGAAAAGGAAAUCUGAAACGGGCGAGACACAACCGGUGGCUGAUCAGGAUCAUCAGGAUCGCGAUGACCAGACUGAGGAUGAUGAGAAAUCCAGUUUGGGCAGCGGCUUGGAGAUCGGCGAGGAAAUUGAGGUAUCCGGCCAGAAUCCACCGGCGCAUCUGUUUAACAAUGUGGGACACAACGGGUCGAAGGAACAGGAGGUGGUCGUGAUUGGGGGUCGGAAAGCCAUAGCGAUCAAGGCCGAUCCACCGCGCCAGCAAGUUAAAGUUGUUCCUCGCCAGCCGGAGAAGAAACAUCCGAAGCGAAUGGAUGAGAAGAAAAAGUCGAGCGACGAAGUGGUGCUGAGCCUGGGCGAUGCCCACAAUGGCUGUCAGGUGUUGACGGCCAUCAUGAAAACAAUGAAUUUGAAGGAACGGGCCAACAUGUCGAAGGUGUGCAAAACCUGGGCAAUGGUCAGUCGCGAGAUGAGCGUGUGGCGUUCGGUUUGUCUGCGUGACACGCACAUCAACAACUGGGUUUUCCUGCUGCGCGAUUUGGCGCGUCGUCGCACUCGCGAGCUGGACAUGAUGGGCGUAAUAAUGGCCACGCCGCAGUUGCGUUUAACCGGCGAUCUGCGUGUGCUCAAGUCAUUGCGAGUUUUGCGCACCGACACCACGGAUGCCGAGUUCCUGCACCUAGUCUUUCGCUAUCUGAACCAGCUGCUGGAGCUGCGGACCACCUGUAUGAGUGGCUCGCUUAGUCUGUCGCAUCUGGAGCGUUCGGAGGAGCUGCGCGAGCUGCGAGUUCUGCGCAUUCGUAUGACGGAGCCGAAGGCAACCAUAAGUUCGCUGAACACGCUGGGAAAACUGAAGAAACUCACCGAAUUGAGUCUCUGUGGAGUGUCGAAUCUGGGCAAGAUGAAUGUGCUGCUGCUGAAGGAGCUCACCAAUCUGGAGUCACUAUCCCUGGGCUUCUGCCAGGGUGUGAACUGCAGGCUGCUUGGGACGAGAGUGCUGCCCGCCUUGAAGGCGCUGCGCUCGUUGCGAUUGGAGAACGAUCACAGGGGCAUGACCGCUCUGCCCGUAAACGAAAUAAUGCGCGGCGUGUCCCUCGCUGGCGGAGUUAGUCGCCUGGAGUUGGUGAACUUCGAUGUGGACGAGGGUUUCAGCGCAAUGCUGGCCGAUUGCCCCAGUGUUUCGGAGCUGCUGCUGACCCCCAAGUGCAUGCAGAACACGGCCAACAUGACGAACUCGGUGAUCCAGGCGGUCAACGACAAUGCCAGGCAGUUGCAGGUCUUCCGCCUCGGAUUGGUCGCCCAGCUGUUGAGCGCCACUGGAGCGCUCUACAAGGGACCGGGCAAGGACGUGAUACCCGUGACACGGCCCGUUCCAGGUGUUCCCGCCAACGAUCCACUCAAUGCCUGCCAGCCCGAGGACAAUUGCUCCGAAACGGAUCACAGCCAGUGCAUGGCGUUUGUGCCCAAGGAGCGUCUGGAGCUGAUACUGCACAACAUGAUGCCGCACGCCUGGCUUUCGGUGGCCAUUGUGUCCAUGUGCGCCACCACAAAGGUGAAGUUCCUGCGCCGCCCAGAGGCGGCCAAAAAGGAGAACUAAGAGACGGGGGGAAUGGCUGCUCACCGGACGCCAUAAGCUAGAUUUAAAGUAACACAACCCUCCCUCAACCAGAGAAUGCCAAGACUGAGUCUUCGAGAGCCAUCACAUACACAAAACCCACACCUAAUCCUAAACGGAAACCCGCACCCAAAACGACCAAGAAGAAUCGUUUUGAAGUGCCCCCUACUUUUAGUUUUUUAUUUUCCUUAAAUGUACCCUAUUUUUUAAUGAAAAAUACCUUACAUUAGACUAGAACAGCGUUUAAAACGCGACUUUGUCAUAGUCACACUGAAGUGAACUACAAAAUAACAACUAUUUACGGCUGGACAAGAACAGAGCUGAAUUUGUUUGCCAUUUGGCAUAUUAUUUUCUAAUAUGUUUUAUAAUCGGAACAAAUGUUGAAUAGGAAAAAAAGUAAUAAAGUGGAAAAUCUCCCUAGUGGGAAUUUAUUUUGACUAAA